AUGAGCGUUCUCCCCACAUUUGAUUUCAGUGACACCAUCUACAGCACCGUCUGUAGGGGUACUCUUGCCAAACUGGACACACUCUAUCACUCAGCUAGUCGCUUUGCCACUAAUGCCCCCUUCAACACUCACCACUGCAGUCUUUACUCUCUGUUCCUCAUCAGGGUCUUCACUGAGGUCCACAUCACAGAGGGACAGAGUGAAGAGGUUAAUACCCAACAUGAGGUGAGGCAGCUUGAAACAGCUUCCAAGAUGAAGACCCUCCAUGACGCUCCAAUCAAGUGUCAGGACAUCUUUAAAGUCUUACCUGACCAACAGGAAACAGUCAGAGUGGUUCUGAUGAACGGCGUCGCUGGCGUUGGAAAAACCUUCUCAGUGCUGAAGUUCACUCUGGACUGGGCACAGCGCUCCAACAACCAAGAUAUCAGUCUGCUGAUUCUGUUCUCGUUCAGGUCGCUGAACUUGAUCAAAGAUAAGCAGUACAGUCUGCUCAUGCUGAUCCAUGUUUUCUAUCCAACAUUACAGAAGCUCACAGCAGAGAAGCUCGCUGGCUGUAAAGUUUUGUUCAUCUUUGACGGCCUGGAUGAAAGCAGACUUUCACUGGAUUUCAACAACAGUGAGGUCGUGUCUGAUGUCACACAGAAGUCAUCAGUCAGUGUGCUGUUGACAAACCUCAUCAAGGGGAAGCUGCUUCCCUUGGCUCUCGUCUGGAUCACUACCCGACCUGCAGCAGCCAAUCAGAUCCCUUCUUCAUGUGUGGACAGGGUAACAGAAGUACGAGGCUUCACUGACCCCCAGAAGGAGGAGUACUUCAGGAGGAGAUUCAGUGAUGAAGAGCAGUCCAGCACAAUCAUCUCACACAUCAAGACAUCCAGGAGCCUCCACAUCAUGUGUCACAUCCCAGUCUUCUGCUGGAUCACUGCUACAGUUCUGGACCACCUGUUGACUACAGACCAGAGAGGAGAGCUGCCCAAGACCCUGACUGACAUGUACUCACACUUCCUGCUGGUUCAGACAAAGAGGAAGAAGAACAAGUAUGAUGAGGGACAUGAGACGAGUCCACAGGAGCUGACGGAGGCUGACAGGAACCUUCUUCUGAAGCUGGGGAGGCUGGCGUUUGAACAACUGGAGAAAGGAAACAUCAUGUUCUACCAAGAAGACCUGGAGCAGUGUGGUCUUGAUGUCACAGAGGCCUCGGUGUUAUCAGGAGUUUGUACAGAGAUCUUCAAAACAGAGAGUGUGAUCUUCCAGAAACCAGUCUACAGCUUUGUUCAUCUGAGCGUUCAGGAGUUUCUGGCUGCAGUCUAUAUGUACCACUGUUACACCAGCAGGAAGACAAAGGUACUGAAAAGCUUCCUGGGAGAAGACUACAGUUACUCAUCUCUGGAUGACUUCCUGGAGAAAGCCAUGGAGAAAUCUCUCAGGAGCAAAAAUGGCCACCUGGACCUGUUUGUCCGCUUCCUUCAUGGCCUCUCUCUGGAGUCCAACCAGAGUCUCUUAGGAGGCCUGCUGGGUCAGACAGACAACAGUCCAGAAACCACCCAGAGAGUCAUCAGCAACCUGAAGAAGAUGAACAGUGAUGAUAUCUCUCCUGACAGAAGCAUCAACAUCUUCCACUGUCUGAUGGAGAUGAACGACCGCUCAAUACAUCAGGAGAUCCAAGAGUUCCUGAAGUCAGAGAACAGAUCAGAGAAGGAACUCUCUGUGUUUCAGUGCUCAGCUCUGGCCUACAUGCUGCAGAUGUCAGAGGAGGUUCUGGAUGAGUUGGACCUGCAGAAGUACAACACAUCAUAUGAGGGACGACGGAGACUGAUCCCAGCUGUGAGGAACUGCAGAAAGGCUCGACUUACUACCUUUUGGCUCUCAGACACUGAAUGUGAAGUUGUGACCUCAGCUGUGAAGUCCAACCCUCAUCUGACAGAGCUGCACCUGAGACUCCUCAGCCUGAUCACUGAUUCUGAAGGUUCAGAUGUCACACUGACUGGAAACCGGAAGAAGAGAGUUUGUGUGGAGGAAGAGCAGAAAUCAGAGUCUCCAGUACCCACCUGUGUGUCUGAACAUCAUCCUCCAGACGUCACUCAUGAAGCUGGAUCCUCAGACUUAAAGGUGGAGGACAGACAGGACAGCGCUACACCUGCCACACAUAAAGGACGACUCAGAGUGAAAACAACACAGGAAGCUUUGUUGGUACGUUGUGUUGUUAAGGUUCAGGACUUCACACCCAAAGUGCUGACUGAGUCUGCAAACAUUUCAUACAGGUUCAGCUGUCCUGGUCCAGGUGUGUUCAGGUGUACUUUGACUGGACUGGUGUUUGGUACGGUUCAGGAGGCGGAGCUACAGUACAGGACUGUCCAAUGGGAUGAAAGACUUCUACAACCAGCUGGCAAGGCGGCUGCAGGUCCGCUGUUCAACAUCCACAGUCCUGACGGUGCUGUCAGUCAGCUCCACCUGCCACACUGUGAAAUCAUGGAUGGUCUGCUGUCUGUCGUCCACAUCACUGAUGAUGGAAUGAGCAUCCUGGAGCCGCUAGAGAUUACAGACACUCAUGUGGUUGUGAACGUCCCUCACUUCUCUCUCCUGGGCCUCGUCCAGGAUGUUGUUAGGAGGUUACUGAACAUCGCAAUUAGGGGCCAGGUUCUGCUGUUCCUCCGACCUCCGCGUGGUGAUAAUCGAAUACUUGAUGUAUUUCUGCUGCAGAGCAACAUUCCUCUGAGCGAGGUUGCCGCCCAACGAGGAGCAGCUAAGAACAUUGAGAUCUCGUCUGACUGUGAUCUCAGCAUUGGUCAAAUCUACAGCGUUCACUGUGAACCUGAAGCCUACAGAAUCCAGCCUAAGGAUUCAAAAUUUUACCCACACUACGGACCAAACUUCUUCCCAACAUUUGAGGUUUUCCUUACUGCAAACCAAGAGGAAGUGACUCUGAUGGUCCAAAACCAAGAGAGGACACAGGUGUGGAAUCGGGUGGUGGAACUGACAGGUCCAACAAGUGGAAAUGUGUUCGUGCCAGCAGAGGAGAGGCUGAGGAAGGUUCGGGAACAGUUUGUUAGCAGAGUGUCUGAACCUAAUCUAGACCAGCUUCUGGAUAAACUUCUUGGGUUUGGUGUUAUAAAUGAUGGUGAAAUGGAGUCGGCCAGAACAGGAACGCGAGUGGACAAAGCUCGUAAAGUGAUCGACAUGGUGCGAAGAAAAGGAAGUGAAGCCAGCUCAGAUUUUAUUGUUGCCCUCUGUGAGGUGGAUCCAAACCUUUCCACACAGCUCAACUUAAGCUGA